ACUGGGGCACACAAUAGUACACCACCUUCUCCACACACCAACAGCCAGCAUACGCUACUACUAUUCACAAGUGUAGUUGAUGAUAAUGAUUUUGCUCUCUAGAUUUUGCGAGAGUUUUUUCGCUUGAGGCUUGAGCUUUUUCCUGGUGAUUUUUUUGUGUUGAUAGUAAUAAUAAGAGUUGCAUGAUCGCCGGAGAUGGCGUCGGCAUGCGUGAACAAUAUCGGAGUCUCGUCGGAGAGUUUUCUGGACUGUCCUCCUGCAAAGUUCCCGUCAUACGGAUGGCUAAGCCCGAGAAUCUCAUUCAGCCGCGAGAUUCCUGACGAGGAGGAGUCCAAAGUCUCCGCAGCUAAGCCUUCUCCGAACAGUCAAGGUCACGCUGUGCCGGAUAGUGCGGCUGCAGAGAAGCCGGAAGAAUCAGAUCCAGAAAUGUCCAAAGAUUUCGUGGAUUUUGAGUUCCGACUUGAAGAUCUGGUGACAAUGCUGCCCGCCGAUGAGCUGUUCUCCGAUGGAAAGCUUGUACCGUUGCAGCUGUCCUCGAUCCGGCACUCCUUGACGUCUGCUCCCGCGUCUUGCGACGUCAGAUCUCCCGACACUCCUAAAUCUAGCCGUAGAAAUGAGAUAUCCUCCACGGAUCCCUAUUUAUUUUCUCCGAAGGCGCCGAGAUGCUCGAGCCGCUGGAAGGAGCUUCUCGGCUUGAAGAAACUGUAUCAGAACAAUAGUGCGAGGCAGGAGGAUCAGAAGACGACGUCCUCGUUAUCAUCUCAGCAUCAUAGCAAAAAUGCAGCCAGAAGCCUAAAACACUUUCUUCAUCGCGGCUCAAAGUCAUCACUAAAUGCAUCAGUUGAUGCAUCUUUAAGUCUUCCACUGUUAAGGGACUCGGAUAAUGAGUCAAUGUCCAUACCCUGUAGACUUUCGCUUUCAUCUUCUUCAUCAGGCCAUGAUCACGACGAUCUUCCUCGACUUUCGCUCGAUUCCGAUAAGCCAAGCUCUAUUACUCGUAAUGCUCAUCACACCACCAGCAAUCUUUCCAGAGUUCGAGUAGUCAAGCGCAGGGCGCCGGUAUCCUCGGGAAACCCGACGGCGCCGUCUCGAGUUGGGAGGAGUCCAAUGAGAAGAGCUCCUGAAUCUACCGUUCCGGUUCGAAGCGUUUCGGUGGAUAGUCCUCGAAUGAACUCCUCCGGGAAAAUUGUGUUUUAUGGCUUGGAGAGGAGUUCUAGCAGUCCGAGCACUUUCAACGGCGGUCCCAGAUACAGAUAUCGUGGAAUGGAGAGGUCGUAUUCGGCUAACGUCCGUGUCACACCAGUUCUCAACGUUCCAGUUUGUUCACUUCGAGGCUCGUCGAAGUCUGGUUCUUUUGGGUUUCCCUUUUUCUCUUCGCAACAGAAGAAAGAAAUCGGUGGUAGUUCUAGUGGAAACAAAAGUAAUCACAGUAGGAAUCGGACCAACCGAACUUGAGAGGGUAGAUUUUUCUGGGUAACACCCUUUUCUCCAAUUAACGUGGGUUUUACCCUUUUGUUCUCUUUCUUGAAGGUUCUCUACUCUUAGGUUUUGGUUCCACAGCUGUUUUUUCUUGACAAUCUUUAGAUUUGCCACUGUAUGUACAUAAGGAAUAGACUGGGAUCUUUAUGCUUUUGGCCGAUGAUGAUAGUUCGUGUUGUUAUUCUAUUUUGUGAUUCUAACU